AUUAACUUUUAGUUAUACAAUUAACAUAAAUAACAUACACUAAAUAAAUACACAAUGUCUGGUAGAGGAAAAGGAGGAAAAGGUUUAGGAAAGGGUGGUGCUAAGAGACACAGAAAGAUCUUGAGAGACAACAUUCAAGGUAUUACCAAGCCAGCCAUCAGAAGAUUGGCCAGAAGAGGUGGUGUUAAGCGUAUUUCCGCUUUAAUCUACGAAGAAGUCAGAGUUGUCUUGAAACAAUUCUUAGAAAACGUCAUCAGAGAUGCUGUUACCUAUACUGAACACGCUAAGAGAAAGACUGUUACUUCCUUGGAUGUUGUUUACGCCUUAAAGAGACAAGGUAGAACCUUGUAUGGUUUCGGUGGUUAAAGGGUUUUAUUCUCGUGAUGAUUUAUUAUUAGUUAGUUUUUACAUUUGUAUAUUAUUAAUACCAUUUUCAGUUCGGUUUG